UUCAUGCCAGUCAACCCGCGGCCGAUGCUGCAAGACCUGUACGCUAGCGCGCCCACCCUCCGCCACUACUACCGUGGUCAUGAAAACGGAAAGCAACCAAGGGUUGGAAAAAGCACUAACCACCACGAGCAAAACAGUGUCAACAAGGACGUCUACGUGCGUCUGAAGUGGGGAGAGACAGAAUACAAGGGGAGGCUGGUCAGCAUCGACAGCUAUAUGAAUAUCCAGCUCAGCAAUGCCCAGGAGUACAUAGAUCAAAAGCUCGAGGGCGAUCUAGGCCAGAUCCUGAUCAGGUGCAACAACGUGCUCUGGAUCAGGAGCGCGGCGGCCGACGAGAACGGCGACGUCAAAAUGGAGUGA